AUGGAGGCAGCAGCGCCGGCGGACGCGGGCACGGCGUUCGAGUCCGACGACAGACCACCGGCGCCGCGGGUGAGCAAGCUGGCGCGCGCGCCGAGGCGGAGCAGGUCGGAGAAGAUGGGCCCGCGGGUGCUGCAGCUGAGGCGCGCGGCGUCCCCGCCGCCGACCCCCGAGCUGCGGCGGUCCGAGUCGGAGAACGGGCGGCGGCGGUCGUCCGUGUCGGCGCGCGACGCGCGGGCGUGCGGAUGGGGCGGGGCGCGGACGAGUUCCGGCGCACGGUGGAGGCGUUCAUCGACAAGCACAAGCGGUUCCACCGCCAGGAGUCCAUGA